UUCGAAGUAUCAGUGCGACCGUCUCCAGCCGAACUGCUCGCCGAUUUUGUCGUUCAUAAGGAAUGGCGUGAAAUCAUUCUACUAACGGACGGAGAACAUUGUAAAAUCCUCAUCGACACGACGUCAUCGUCUCGUCAGCAGAAAUUUUUAGCGGCAGUUCGUACUGCACAGUUCAGCCAGGCCAAUUAUCACUACGUCGUCGCCAAUUUUGACUUCUUGCCGUAUGACGUUGAAAUGUUCCAAAAUGGGAACAUCAACAUAAGUGGCUUCCAGUUGAUCAAUAAAGAAAGCCGUGCUUAUUGGAACUUGAAGAAGCAUUUGAAGAAGUUGGACGACAAUUUUAUCAACAACUAUGACGAUGUUGAUAGCAGAGGUGCCCUGGCGUAUGAUGCGAUGCUUGUGGCCUGGACCGGCUUCUCCAAAUGUCUCGCCAGUAACGAUUCCCUGUUCCAUGGAACAUUCCGGCAUGGAAGAUUCUUCAACAGGGGAUAUCCAGGUACAUCCUCUCUUGGUUAUCGGCCAUUUCUUUGGAUUUUUUUUUCUCCAGGAAUUUACUGCGAUCCACUAGCCGACCGAAUUCAUCCAGCGAGGCCAUUCGCCUCAUUCGAACAUGGAAGAACUGUGACAAAAGCUUUGAGAGGGAUGUCUAUCGACUCAAAACACGGUACGCUCACUGGGACCAUUGAAUUUGACCGGUUUGGCCAUCGCAAGAACUACGAUGUUUCCGUGAUUGACCUCGUUUCGAACACGAAGGCAACGUUCAAUAGCAAAGAGGUGGCUCCAUUUGUGAUGACCAAGCGUGAAUGCGCCCAGCCAAACAACCGUACCGAAUGUGAAGGCAACAACAAGUACGAGGGAUACUGUAUCGAUCUUUUGAAACUUGCUGGCCGAUCGAAUCGAAGGCUUCAACUUCGAGGCGGAUCUACUCCAAACAAGCCACCUCGUAAGGAUGUAACGUUUGAUCUGGACAGCAUUACUAGGUUUACUCCGUGCCCAGACUAUGCGUAUAGCGAGCGCGAACGAGGUGUCGACUUUUCAAAACCGUUCAUGACUACUGGUAUUUCUAUCAUGAUCAAGAAACCGGAUAAGCAAGAGUUUUCGGUUUCCGUGGUUAUUUUUCUGGUUUCGCGGUUUUCACCGUACGAGUGGAGGGUUGAGGAGACAGCUCGAGGCGGAUUCACAAUUUCCAACGACUUCUCCGUAUACAACUGCCUUUGGUUCACACUGGCCGCAUUCAUGCAGCAAGGAACAGAUAUUCUACCGAGGUCAAUUUCCGGGCGAAUUGCCUCGUCCGCGUGGUGGUUUUUCACCAUGAUCAUCGUCUCCUCAUACACAGCCAACUUGGCCGCUUUUCUCACUCUUGAAAAAAUGCAAGCGCCCAUUGAAAGUGUCGAGGAUCUCGCCAAGCAGACAAAAAUAAAAUAUGGCAUUCAAGGUGGAGGAUCAACGGCGUCAUUUUUCAAGUACUCAUCGGUGCAGAUUUACCAGCGGAUGUGGCGUUACAUGGAAUCACAGGUGCCUUCAGUGUUCGUCUCCAGCUACGCUGAAGGUAUCGAAAGAGUCCGUAGCCACAAAGGACGGUACGCGUUUCUGCUUGAAGCCACCGCUAACGAGUACGAAAACACGCGUAAACCCUGUGACACAAUGAAAGUCGUGUUCGUCUCCAGCUACGCUGAAGGUAUCGAAAGAGUUCGUAGCCACAAAGGACGGUACGCGUUUCUGCUUGAAGCCACCGCUAACGAGUACGAAAACACGCGUAAACCCUGUGACACAAUGAAAGUCGGUGCGAAUCUGAACAGCAUCGGAUACGGAGUCGCGACACCUUUCGGUUCCGAUUGGAAGGAUCACAUCAAUCUUGCGAUCCUCGCUCUACAGGAACGUGGAGAACUGAAGAAAUUGGAGAAUAAAUGGUGGUACGAUCGCGGACAGUGUGACCAAGGCAUUACUGUGGAUGGUUCCUCGGCCUCGCUCAACUUAUCGAAGGUAGCAGGAAUUUUUUACAUACUGAUGGGCGGUAUGAUAGCAUCGAUGAUAGCAGCUCUCGGCGAAUUCCUCUACAGGUCAAGGAUAGAGGCGAGGAAGGCGAACUCGAACUCGCUAAUUGGCAAUUUUGCGAAGAACCUAAAAUCGGCUCUCUCGUCUCAGUUGCGGUUGUCCAUCCAAGGAGGCGCUGUCGCACAACCUGGCACUCAAUCCCACGAAGCCCUCAAACGGCAGCAGGCUGCGUCCUUUCUUCCCGCAUCGAAUAGCGACGAAAAGAGCGAUAACACCGCUGGGUUGGACAGAGGCAGCGUCUCUUUCGCAUACAACACGGCCGUCUAA